GGCAGCAGCUCAGGGAGGCAGCUGUGUGUGCGUCUGCAUCACAAUUGCCACAGGUAAAGACAGCUGUGUCGUCGGAUGUGGCAUCUCUACAGGGGUUAAGGGAGCCUUUGCUGCUGCGGUUGCAAGUUCUCAUCCCAGCGCGAGGGUGCACAUUUCUAAUCAUCUCCAAGAAAGCAUCCUGGAGGGAAAGACGAGCAGAGGAUCCCAGCAACCCGACCAACAAAUCACAGGCUGACUGGAAAGAGAGCAGGCUUUCAGGGACUGAGGAAAAACCAUCACUCAGAAAGAGAGAAGAGAGAACCAGUGGGAUAUUUUUAAACAUUGCCGCCUCCUGGUUGUGUUUUUCCUCUCAUCUCUUGCUUUUUCCUCUUUGCAUUUCAUCGUUUCCAUCCACUCACUGCUUCUAAUCUGGUUUCUCUUCUCAUUUGAUUCCUCUGUGGCGGAAUGUUCCCUGCAAACAGAUGAGAAGAGGCUUUUUGAGUGCUUGCUGCAGUAUUUACGGACAGUACACUGAGACAGCAGGGCGCUGAGCGGACAGCUUGGGGAAAUCUGAUCCACAGCCGGCUGGAGAAGUAGCGGGAUCACGCGUCGCAGUUGCAGAUUUAUCCGCCCUGUGAUACCACUGCGCGACAACACCCCUCAUUCUUUUUCUCCCCCUCUUGCUCUCCCUCACUCCUCAUCCGAAGUGCAGCUUUUUGAAUGGAUUUGGAUAAUUAAUUGGAUUCUACGGAUUUAUUUUUAGCUUUGCUGGAAUUCAGAGCAGGCAUAAAUAAAACAGAGUGGGUUGGAUUGAAAGAGUAAUAAAUGAAAAACAUCCAAAAAGAGGAGCCUGAUUGGAAAGCAAUGGGCAAAAGAGAUCGCAGAUAAUCCAAGGAGUGUGUCCGACAGACGGAAAAUCUUGCUCUUUCACUCAUGAGAGAGAUGGAUUUUGGGAGCUGAGGGACGCUGACUUGGCUACUGGAACAGGCUGCUUUGUGGAACAUCUUCUUUUUUUUUUUGGCUUGGCACAGGGUGGGGUAGCAAGAAGACCAACCCCUCAAGUUUCACUUCCAUGGUUAGACGAUUCUGUCCCAUCGUGGAGGGAGCAUACAUGCAUGUCAAGUAGAAAUAGCAGUGGAUUUUUGCUGCAGUGGCAUCCGAACACUGAUGCCACAGAUCUCUCACAUGCACAGAUGUAAAGCUGUUCCUUCCCACUCAUCUUCCUUCUGUCUCUCUCUUUGUCCCUUUUUCUCCCUGUUGGAAGCAUAACUUCUUCUUGUCCUCUGGCUUACCCUGCUGUGAACGUUCUUUAAAGUUUACUGUUGCUACAGUUGGACAUCAAGAGUUGGGCAAGAUUAAACACGGACUAAUCGGCCGAUUAUCCGUCUACACUGGCUCUUCCAUUUCUCACUGGGUGUCUCUGAGUGUGUGCUUGUGUGUUUGUGACUGUGUGUCUGCAUGCAUCUCUUGCACCCCUCCCCUUCUCUCUUUUCUUGGAUUACCUAUUUGUGUAUGUGCCAUUGAGAGAGAGAGAGAGAUUACUGUGGGGUCCUUUUUUGAAUCCAUUUCUUCAUCUAUACUCUGCCUCUCUUCUCAAUGUCCGGCAUUGUUGGGAACCUUUCCGCCAUUUGCUAUCGAUGCCUAUCACAGGGUUAACUGUCAAUGAGCCAUAAAGGACGGCAGGGAAGAAUGAGCGAGUGUUCUGGGGCAGCUGUUUCCGGGGCAGUGAUCCUGGAGGAACCCGAGGGUUCAGGGGCUUCUGGAGGCCGCGGUGAAGGCCAAGCCCAGGGUCAAGGCCCCCUUCGCUGUGCAGUUUGGCCUCGCCAACAGACAUGGCUGUGUGUGGUCCCCUUACUUAUUGGUUUUAUUGGUCUUGGAUUGAGCCUGAUGUUGCUGAAAUGGAUUGUCGUCGGUACAGUUCGGGAUUACGUGCCAACAGACCUCGUGGAUGCUAAUCGAAUAGGCCAGGAUCCUAUCUUCCUCUCUAAGCCAAGUGGGAUUCCCAAAAGUCCGGAUACUACCACCACCACAACUACUCCUACAGUGGAUGGCGGGAACCCUACACCUAGAACUGUCACUGCUGGCAAAGGUAGAACUCGCUUCACAGCUUCCACCACUACUAUGAACCCAAGAGGAGGCGGUGCCUCGGGUAGCCAAGUAACCCCUCGGAAUCCUGGAAAUCGUAAUGGACGUGGACCUUCGAGUUUUACUACGACCACUGCAGCUCCAAGAACAACCUUCAUAAUUGGAGUGGCAACAUCUAGUCCCUCACCGUCGAAUCCUACUGUACUCCAUGACUCAACACAGAUGUGGACCCCAGAGCAUACUACCACUGAGACAGUCUCCACAACGCUCUCCACGCGUACGCACACCCACCGCAAAACACCAUCUCCAACAGUUCCUCCCCUGCAUUCGGAGCAUUUCAAACCCUGUCAUGAGAAGGACCUGGCUUACUGUCUGAACGGAGGUGAAUGUUUUGUCAUCGAGACGCUCAGUGGACCUCACAAGCACUGCAAGUGUCGAGAAGGCUACCAGGGAAUCCGCUGUGACCAGUUUCUGCCCAAGACGGACUCCAUCCUGUCUGACCCAAUUGAUCACUUGGGCAUCGAGUUUAUGGAGAGCAAAGAGGUGUACAAGAGACAGGUGCUGUCAAUCACCUCCAUCGCCAUGGCAAUCAGCCUCCUGGGAACCCUUUGUAUGGCCCUCUACUGCCGCAACAAGAGGCGCAGAGAAAAGCUCCAGGCCCACUUGAAGGAGAGUCGCACUUUGAAAAACUACUCCGUUAAUUCCCAUAAUGCCUUGGAUGGCAAGAUGAGGGCCCCUAACAGCAACCUGCAAAUGCAUGAGUACUCCAAACGGUCGUCCCAGUCUCGCCCGGGGAAUGUUUGUGAGUCCAGCUUUCCACACUGCAACAUCUCCACCACGCCGUCCAACAGCUCCCGCAUAGCAAAACAUCACAGAAGCGGUUCCUUGUCUCACAUCUCAGAUCAGAGAACCAGGACAGGCCAUUGGUCUGCUCCAAGGAGGACCCCACCCAUUCCCAGGGGAAGGCUAAAUGCAAUUGGAGGAUCCAAGUAUUUGGGCCCUGCCUACCAACAUCUACAGGAAGUAGAUGCAACUGAAAGGGAGGCUGAGGCACAGAGAGGGUUGCAAAUACAGGGAGAGAUCCAACGUGACGACCCUAGACGAGAUUCGUUCCUCUGUAUGCAAGCUCCAGUUUCUUUAGAGACAACUUCGCCAUCGACCUGGAGCGGCCGCCUCGAGAUACGCUCAGGCCUGUGCGCUCCAUCCAAACACAGCGAUUUGACUACCACAAUGCGCAGCCUGCGCAGACCUGGGCGCCGUCACAGUAACUCCCCACCUCCUCCGUUUCGUUCAUGCUCUAUCCCCAUCAUCCCCUCGGUCCAGUGUCACCAUGACAACGAGGUUUCUUGUAUGCAAACCACCACAGACACAACAAUGAUGUCAGUCAACCAUGGAGCCAUGCCCUCCAAGGAUGAGCGAAGAGAAAAGGUAGCACAUGCUACAUUGUCUUCAUCUUCCUGCUCGUCUGCCAUUGGCCAGCAGCAUGAUGAAGUUGCCCUGCUGCUAGAGGAGGCGCAGGAGCAGCUCAGGGCGUUGGCAUUGGCUCACAGGAAGCAGGAAGAAGGCGGGGUAGUCAUUGGCGGUACGUCGACAACCGCACUGGUGGAGGCCAGAGAAACUGUUUGCUUCCUGAAUGUCAACGGAGGAAGUGCCGGGGCGCUUAGCUGUAACGGACUUACGCAGACCCAGUUACUCUGCCCCAGCCUAUCACACAGAGACCUCGGCCAAAGCAGCCAAUGAGAGGACGCGAUUAAGGACGUUCACUUGCGGUUUGAUGGUGUCUGACAGACUCUGGUGUUCUGAAUCUGUGGGGCAGAAAUGGAAGUGCCGAAUUCAAAAAAAUAAUGUAACAUCAAGGAAUUUCUGAAUAUGUGCUGAUAUUAUGCAUACAGUGUGGAUACAAACAAAAAAAACUCUUCUUGAGUGGUCGCCUUUACACCAACUGACAGUAUGGAAAAAUAAAAAAGUAUUUACAUGCAUUUAUUUACAAAGCAAGAUGAACACUUCUACUUAGGCAAAAAGAAACCAAAUAGUCUGUCAAAUCCAUGGUGUUUUUAAUUGUAAAAAGUAUAUAUAAAUAUAUAUAAAUAUAUAUGGAUAUAAAUAUAUGGAAUUCAAAAAGUGACCAAGUACAAAGUUGAAGAACACAGGAAUGAUGUUACUAUUUUUCUUUCUCUCUUUUUUUCCUCCCUGUUUUUUUAUUAACUCACAUUUUUUUUUAAGUUCUUGCUCAGUUCUAAUACAAAGUUGUUGGUUUUUUCAUGAAAGUCCUUCCGCACGUCCAUAAGGCGGGACUUGGAUUCUGUGAACCUGCACAGAAUCCAAAAUGGCCGACCAGGAAGGAGCCACUCUUGUUUCUCCCCUCAUGCCUUUUGAAGAACUGUCGACGCAGCCAAGAAUUACAGCACACCCUUCUGGAUGAGGUUUUACAACACAAAACAAAACAAAACAAAAAACAUUCUCCGGCUCUGUGUGGGCUUGUUUUUGUGUGUGUGUGUGUGU